AUGUUAAGGCCAAAUCUACUUUUCAACACCUCCCGACUAAUUGGGCCUGUAAUAAAUGCUUUCAAGCAUACUAUAGAUUACUCUAAGGUGCCAAAAUUAAAUGAAUAUGAUUUAGUGGAAAAGUUUGUUCGAGGCAGUGGACCUGGUGGGUCGGCUGUGAACAAGAAUGCCAACUGUGUAGUCCUAACACAUGUACCCUCAGGGUUUACUGUCAAAUGUCACAGUAGUAGAUGCCAGGAUGAAAACAGAAAAAUGGCACGAGAGAUGAUAGUAGCAAAAUUAGACGCUGAAAUAAAUGGAGAGGAUAGUAUAGCAGCUCAAAAGAAGAGAAUAGAAGAGAAGAAGCUGAAGAGGUCCGAGUACAAGAAGAAGAAAAUGGCUUUACUUAAAAAUGAAUGGAAGAAACGUGAAGGAUUGUAAAUAUCUACCUAAUUUGCUUCAUUCAACUUAGUAGUCUUAGUACCCAUAUUUUACUGAAUCUUGUAACUGGUUAUACGUAUGUCCAGUAAAUUGUACAGUUGAAAUGUAGAAAUUAAAUGAGUACAUAAGUAAUAAAAAAUAGUUAAAAAUA